AUGGGCUUUAACCAGUCCUAUCAGUCUUUUCAUAGAGACAAGCAGUCAUACUUUACCUUUUUCAAUGAAUUCAAGGAACCCAAUAAGAUCUUGGCCACCUCUCUUGAGACUCUGGUGCUUCUCAUCCUGUUUGUGUUCUCCUUCAUUGGGAAUGUCAGCGCCAUAGUUGUUAUCGCUAAGGACAAAAAGCCGGUGAAUAAGAACUUCUUCGUGCUGAACCUCUUCUUUGCUGACCUUUUGUUUGUCAGCACGAUUCCUCUUAUUAUCAGUAUCCGCUGGACAGAAACCUGGGCUCUGGGUCCUUUUGUCUGCCACAUGCUGUUCUAUGUCAUGUGCAUGAGUGGUUGUGUAACAGUCAUAACUCUAGCCACCAUCAGCCUGGAGAGGAUGAUUGCGAUACUGAAGCUUCAUGUAGCACCCACCUUUAAUGUAAAGCUAGUAUCUAGUGCUUUGGCAUUUAUUUGGAUUUUUUCAGCGUUUACUUCGUUACCACUGUGCUUAUUCUUCAAUGUGAUGACUAUAAUAGCUGAUAGUAAGGAAGUGAAAAUAUGCACACUGAUGUGGCCGAGUGUGAUUGGAGAGAUUGUGUGGGACAUUGCGUUUACUGGACUGGAUUUUGUGAUCCCGGCAUUAAUUAUUGUGACCAGUUACACCAAAAUUAUACAGAUUUCCAAAUCUUCAAGAAGGCGGCUGCAGAGUCAGGUCUCCAGGCAGGACUUCAAACUGUUUCGCACUUUGUUAUUGUUAAUGAUUUCUUUCUUUGUAAUGUGGAGCCCAAUUUUUAUCACCGUCUUUCUGAUUCUAAUACAGAACUUUAAAAACGGCCUGGUGAUUUCAUCGUCGCUCUUCCUUUGGGUGGUCGCCUUCACGUUCACCAACUCAGCUCUGAACCCGAUUUUAUACAGCAUCAGUCAUUUCAGACAUCAGUGGAGGCGCAGGCUUUGCAGCUUUUCACUGCUGGCCGCUUGCAAGAGCACAGACAUUGCAAUCCCACUACAAACAAUUCAGACCCCGCAGGCACAGCUGUCUCUGGUUAGUGUUUGACUG